UUAAAGACACUGACUUGACAGUAUGCGUAUUGCCUUAAAUAUAACCUUUGAAUAAUAAUUAAGUAAACAUUUUUAAUGUUUGGUUCAUAAAACUUUAGGUGUACAAAUAUUUUUUGACGUAAAAAUUUACAGUGUUUCGUCCAAUCUAGUACUUAGACAUUUUUAUACGGACAAUUAUAUAUCAUGUCAAUAAUCACAUGAUACAAUAUUCGUUAAAAAAUAAUAUUUUAAAUAAAUAAAAUGAUAUUUUGUAGGAUUUUUAAAAGGCUUAGAUAAUGUAUCACAUUCUACGCGUGUUAUUGUACAGGCUAUGGGUUGUAUCGACGUUUACUUUAUUCUCUAGUGCAAUUAUAUUUUGGUUUUAUGGAUUUUUUCUGGCACUAACGGUGUUCAGUUUCGGUAUAUCAGGUAUACUGUACAGUGCCCAGGAUCUUCUGCUAUAUUACCCCAACGAUCCUCCAGAUUCAAGAGUGUUCGUCCUGCAACCUAGUAACUAUAAAUUGCCAUAUGAAAGUGUUAAGAUUAAAAGUAAGGAUGGAUUUAAAAUUCAUAUGUUUCUAAUAAAGCAACCUACAGUUAGUAAUCAUAGACCAACCAUGAUAUUUUUUCAUGGUAAUGCUGGAAACAUGGGCCAAAGAUUGUGUAAUGUGUCUGGAUUUUAUCAUAAAUUAAAUAUAAAUAUUCUACUGGUGGAGUACAGAGGUUACGGACUUUCAGAGGGCUCUCCCUCGGAACAGGGUCUGUACAUGGAUGCUCAAACUGCUUUUGACUACCUCAUGCAAAGAAAUGAUAUAGAUCGCACUCAAAUUAUCUUGUUUGGUAGAUCUCUCGGUGGCGCCGUGGCUAUAGAUCUGGCAUCACGCUUGGAGUAUAAGAACAAAAUAUGGGCAUUGAUAGUCGAAAACACUUUCACUAGUAUCCCCGACAUGGCGAAGAUAUUGCUGAAGUGGAGAUGUCUCAAUUGGCUACCAAUGUUUUGUCAUAAAAAUAAGUACAUGUCGCUGCACAAGAUGAGCAGCGUGUCGAGCGCGACACUGGUGGUGUGCGGCGCGUGCGACGCGCUGGUGCCGCCGCGCAUGGCGCGCGAGCUGCUGGUUCGCUGUGGGGCGCCGCUGAAGCGCCUCGCAGUGCUGUCCGGCGGCGGGCACGACGACACGUGGACACGACCCGACUACUACGCAGCGCUGCAGCGCUUCCUGCUCGACGUGCCACCGCUACCCGACGAAGCGAGGGUGACGGUCGUGCACACCGUCUAGCGAUACGUAAUAGAGUACAAACGACGAGGCGGACGCGUUCGCGACGGUCCCGAUAUCAUUACACACUUAAUAUAUUUACUAGCUCGGCUCAGUCCGCGAAGCAAUACCUGCAAUAGCAAUAGCGAUGCGAACGCGAACUAUAGUCACACGUAAUAGUGAUGGUCUUGUCGUCACAUACUUAUUGAGCAAUACAAUUAGAGCGUCGACUCUCACGACAAUCGACAUUGCCUUGCGAACGUGCGCUCGUAGAUAGGUCAAUUCUCGAGAGAUGAUAUUUUUUUAUUUGUAUGCACAAUCCAUUCCGGCAUAAACGUAUUUGUAGCACAAAGCUGAAUGAUAUUUUAUAUAUACAAAACUGCAACAAGUUGAUGAAACGGUGUUCUACGCUAAGUUAGGUUAGUCAAAUAACAAAUUAACUAGGUAGUAUUAUAUUACGGUAUCCUACUCAUCGGCCUGCUCUGACGCAGACGCCGUCCCGCUUCAGCCUCCGACAGUGCCAAGCGGGCGACGAAACUAUGACUCGUCCGAUGUUUCUCGUCGACUGAUUAUUUUACUUAAAAUAAUAAUACCUUUGAUGUAAUUAUUAAAUUUAAUAUAAAACCUUGACGACUUGAUAUUUCAUUGAACUGUUCUAUUUAUUUCCAUUUUUUACAAUAAUGACGCAUAUUAACAUUUUUUUAAACACCAUGUCAGUAAGUGUGAACAUGUCAUAACUACUGUUUUGUCAAGGAUUUAUUUAACUAAGAAGUUUUACUGCUUACACAAACGCGAAGGGAACGCGUUUGUUGGCGCGUGGUCGUGUCGACUUGACGGGGUCAGAGACUUCGACAGUUAUAAAUGUGACACUUUUCGAUCGGACACAUCACACGUCAAACUCAAAGUCUUACUAAGUCUUCUUUAAUCGACUUAAACGAAAAUAAAGUUAGUGUAGGGUUCGUCCGACCCCGAUCACCAAUCACUUCAUGCACUAGCGAGCCGUGGCGCGUUUUAGGUUUGCUCGUUGCAUGUUCCGCUGACGUGUUUGCUCUGAAUAUUCUAAGUCUUCUUUUCUACGCGGUCGUGUAUGCAUGAGGCCACGUGACUCGUAGACCCCGCCUGCGCAAAAUAUGUAUGUAUGUAUGUAUGUAUAGUGUUAUGAGUAACUAAUGACGAUACUCAAUUGUAUUCCAGCAAUGUCAGUUCGUGUGUCGUGUAAGUACUCUGCACAAUCGGUCGCUCGUGCAGGUGAGCCUGAACCGAGGCGUUACGUUACGAUACGUUAAGUCGUCAACUCGGCGGUUUUGGGGUCAACCUCAGAUUCAUUUAGAACUAAUACUGCUCUUGUCACAUAGUAGUUGAUUAAAUACACUCCUAUAAUAUGAUACAAAUACAUAACCAGCAGGUUUGCCAAUUCUCACCUCACGUGCGUGCUAGGGUGAAGCUUACAACACAACACGCACAGACAGACUGACAUAUUAUAUUAUAUUGAUAUCAAAUAAUAUGAAAUGGAAAUGCAACAAUUUGGUGCAUGUGUGUGUGUGAAUAAUUGUCGAAACAAAUUUUAUGUUUGUUGAAGCAAAUGCUGGUCUGUUCUAAAGGGCCGUAUUCAAGCAGGGACUACAGAGUUAGCGUUUAAAUGUAAAAUUCGCAAGUAUAAGCGUUUCUUCCUUUGCAUGUUGCAAAUGAUGAUUACCUCAGCCGGACGAGCGCCCCCUCCCCCACCUACCUGCGAGGAUAUCCUGUCGCGUAAUUGCGUAAAUGUUGUGAGAGAAAAAAAAAGAUUAAUUGUUUCCCGCGUGACGCGUCCCGCUCCUUUGUCACCAACGUUAAUCAACAAACUUCAAAGUAAAUGCUCAUACUUGAAAUCUAUAUGAAUUAUGAACACACACUGAAAGACUUACUUGCUAUUAUGCAAGUACAAGUUUAUCGUUGUUUCUGUGAAUACGGCCCAAUAUAUUUAAAGACCAAUAUCAAAAUGUGGAAUUCACACUUGUAUUACUACGAAUAAUGCAAUCA